GCUAUACUCUCACCUGGGCGUGCUAUCACGGCGGCGGGCAUUGAGGUCUUUGCAUGUUUCACCAUCGCUGUGCCGCCAUGUCUCCAUCGACGUCAACACCAGAGCUUCAUAUACCGAGCCCACUUCGUCCCACCUGGUCAGAUUCGCUCUGACGGGUACCACGAAACCCGCUCACAAUGACGUCUCCAAUCCGGAGCUUGACAAGCACCUCUCGGACAUAUUUCUCGGUGAUUGGCCCUUAGCGUCUCUACCACCACCUUUUUGGAGCUCUUCUGGUCGACAGCCACGAAGCCCCGAUGAAAUUGGGUCGUUCAAAGCCCUGAAACAUGACGUACGAAACCUGCGUCACUUGCAGGUAUUCAUUGAAAGAAGUGUCAAUGAAGCAGAAGGCGGUCUGCUUCUACAGACACAGUCCUGCGCCCUUUUAGCGCAAGCGCUAAAUCGUUGCCAGCGAAAGAAUUCCUACGGCGAAAUUCUCUCGGCGCUCAAUGCUAUCAUUACAAGACUGGAGAAGCUGGGAGUACCACGUACGGAUAAUAUAUACUUUUUGGGGAUGUACUAUGCUGCACUAUCAUUGUCCGUGCCGGCGCUUGAAAGGUUUCUGGAUGGAUACCUUUCCGUUAGCCUGUGGCCUAUGGACAUCCUAGCAAGUAAAUCUCUAGUGAAUGCGCUCCUCAAUGCCCUUCACUAUCUGAGGUUCCGUGAGGUUACUAUUGAUACGAACGCAAUACUGGAAUUAAUCGAGGGAGGUAAGCAACGCAGGAAGAAAAACCUACAUGACCUUUUGUCCUGGGGCGAUUCUGCCGGUGCAACAACGCAUCGUGGGCAUUACCUUUGCCUACUCGCGAGACUAAAGAGCGAAGACCUUCUGUCUGAAGUAUGGAGGCAAACGAUGUGGAGGCUUUCGCCGAAUACUCCGCCUGAAAUGUACCAAUGUAUGUAUACUUGUAUAGUGACUCUGAUGGAAAGUGGUGACGUUCUCCGAGCUAUGGAUUACUUGCAAGAAGUGUCGGAACGUUCCCAAGGAAAUCUGCCUGGUAUAUCGGAGUUCAAAGACGUCAACACACUGCUUGAGUCAGAAGUUCUUGGUCCCCUGUUGCCUCGGAUGGCAGGCGAGAAAGAGUACUUGAAGCUUCUUGAGGCUCAACUAAUACAGAUCGAGAACAAGAUGGGUCUCAGUUGGGAUUCCGAAGGCCUCUAUCACACAAAUAUCAGUGAUCCGCACUCAAUAAUCUCCGAGACACCCCUCUUCAAUAUCGACGGUGACAGCACUGGCUAUGAGAGCACUGCGCGCUUAAUUGCCGAAAUCAAAGCCCUCGGAUGCUCCAGGUCAGUGACAGAUCUCGGGAAGAUUGCAGAAAUGCUUGACGAACACGAGGGAGACGUGAUCCCUGUAUCUUUGCCCUCAACUAAAGGCCAGGAUGUGGAGUACGCUUGGUUCCCCCGGUAUUCUUCAUUUCGGCGUUCGGGGGCCUCUUCAUCUGCUGAAAGAGAGGGUACCGAGCCUUGGACACCUUCAACAUUGGGUUUAGUCCGUGUCAGCUGCAAUAGCAGUGGAUCCCCUCUCGAACGCUCCAUUCAUGUGAUGCAGCUCGGUCGUUUAGCAAGGAGAGCCAGGUGCCCACAUGAUCAGGAUCCAACUUAUGAUACUCUUUGGGAAGAGACCGAGCAUAUGGUUACCUGGGAUCGUGUCUAUGGCCAAUUCAUCGCUGUAUACGUUGGACCAAGCGACGGGCAUAUCGAGACUCGCAUAGAGUCACGAGCUGCACGAGCGCGAUCUGGUAUUGAAGCGAUCACCGCAUUCUCUCUUCCUGGUGAUACGGAACCAGUUUCACAGGGUGAUCUGAUAUCCUUUAUUGGAAAUGCGUCUAUGCAUUAUUACAUCGAGGAAGACCCAAGCCCAGACCUGAUAUACUAAUUGCUUCUUUUUCUGGUCACUGGUGUACAUAGACAUCGAGCUCUUAGUGCUUGCUCAGCAUGAAUAGCCUCGUUUCUGAUACGAUGCAUUUUCAGCAAUUACCAUCAAAAGCUUACUCUAAAAGAUGCGCUUAUCAGCUCAGCCGGAUAUUGCAUCUCACCAAGUGUGUCCGCUUUAAAGCCCAAUUUCUCCCAUGCUCGGAAGCAAAUGCUACUUUUUGUCAUAUGUGAAGUAGUAUUAUAAUUGCACGCUUAUAGCAUAUAUUGCAUAAGUCCCAUAUAUGCAGCUUGGCAGACACGUUCGGUAUAGCCACGGCGAUUCGUGAUGCACUUUCUUGCUAACUUAGCAGAAGGCUAUGCCUAACCAGCAAAAGAUCUGGGGAAGCCAGCAUCGUCCUCAGCC